AUGAUUCAUGACAAUGACGGCCUCAAACGACGAACAGACAAUUACAGAGUCCCCGAGAAAUCCCCCGACGCAGUCGUAGCCGACCGCAAUGCCACCGUGUCACCGUCCGAAUCUACCUCCACAAAGUCCGGUCUGAAAGAAGACGCCAGCUUAUUCGCGGCUGUCGCACAAGCGGCGGUUCCAAGCUGGGCAAAUAUGGUUCUGAUGGUCUCAUUAAUUUUUGGGGGUUGCUGUGCGAAUGUUUUCGCCCUCGAGGCUAUCAUCAAGGAGCAGCCAACGGCUGGCCCUCUGAUCACAUUUGCUCAAUUCGUCCUCUGCGCAUUGUUCACCUUGCCGCAUUUUCUUUCAUUCUCCGCCGGACCAGUUACCCUUUUUCUUAGCCCGAGGGCUAUUCCGCUGCGCUCGUGGUUGAUCUACACCGCAUAUUUCGUUUCGGUCAAUCUGUUGAAUAAUUGGGCAUUCGCGUAUAGAAUCUCUGUCCCACUGCACAUCAUCCUUCGAUCCGGUGGUCCGGUAGCAUCCAUGAUUGUGGGGUACAUCUUCAAUGGUCGGCGCUACUCCCGUGGCCAAGUCCUCUCGGUGGCCAUGUUGACCGUGGGCGUCAUGGCUGCUGCGCUGGCGGACGCGCAGGCCAAAGGACAGUCUAUCGAGAUUGGAUUAGAAGAUAGUACUGCCAUGAUGACUACUGCGACCGGCUUCUCAAUCCUUGCUUUGGCUAUGAUUCUGUCCGCAUUCCAGGGUAUCUAUGCGGACAGGCUGUAUGCCUUUUAUGGACGGGACCAUUGGAAAGAAGCCCUGUUCUACUCACACGCGCUCUCUCUUCCUCUGUUCUUUACUAGCUGGCCGCAACUAUAUUCGCAGUGGCGUAUUGUUUCCUCAUCGCCGUCCCUCCUUUCCCAGAUGACGACAAGCUCAGGCUCAAACAUAAUGCCUUCGACCUCUUCCGGAUUGUUCUCCAACAGCACCGCAAGUUAUUUCUUGGAAAUAGCUCAGAAGAACUCAUCGUUUCAUGCUAUACUCGGCUCCAUCCCGAUUCAAGUGGCAUAUUUGAUAAUGAACGCAUUGACGCAAUACCUCUGCAUUCGCGGCGUCCAUCUUCUCUCCGCCAAAUCUUCUUCCUUGACCGUCACUGUUGCGUUGAAUAUCCGCAAACUCGUCUCGCUCUUGCUUUCCAUCUAUCUCUUUGGAAAUCAGUUGGGAUCGGGCGUUCUCAUUGGCGCCGUUUUGGUCUUUGUUGGUGGUGGAUUGUAUGGGUUUGAGGGGGCGAGAUUACGAAAAUUGGCUACAAAGAAGCGUCAGUGA